CCAGUGCUGCUGCCUUCAGUGUUCCUUGUAAUUUCGGACUCUCAACUUUCCUACAUAGAAUAUGAAAAGAGGGUUAUAAAUAGGAAGAGACGCUUACGCUUAAAGAAAAUUAUUAUUAAAAAUAUUUCUCAUUUAAAGGGAGAUUUACAUGUAUUUAAUAUUGCCUGCAAUGAUGUUCAUCUGUCCUGAAGGGACAACAUGUCAAGCUCCAUGCUUUGUUUCAAUUGGAUUUCACUGAUUAAAUUGAAAAUGUGUGAAAACAUGCACCUUUAACAAAUAGAUGGACUCAAAGAUUAUUUAAAUAGAGUGGAUUCGCUUCUCCAUUUAAAUAAUCUUCUAAUUUAUCGAUUUAACCCUCAGUGGAAAUACGCAUCUAGUUUUGAGGCUUAUAAACAAUUGCAUGUUAGGCCUAUAGUGAUAUCAAUUAAAAAAUAUAUAACUUGUCACAUUUAAAACUUCAUGUCUAAUACCCUUACUCAUCGUUAAAGAUGGAGUCAACCUAGUAUACAAACGCACCAACAUAACCUCUUAAAACGGCGGCAGCAGGGUAAAGAGCGAACGCGCUACCGUUGAAAUCAGCUUUUCCGACGGCCCCUGAACGCCGCAGCGUUCAUCCGCCCGAGCCGCGCGCCGCCGCGCUGCACGAUCGCGCCCUGAUGAGAACAGAAGGAGCACAGAGCCGCUGACCGUUUCUGUGCAGGUGUGCGCGGCCCCGAUCACGUGGUUCUCUCCCCCAUCUGUGGAUGGCACCAGGAUCAGGUGCGCCGCCGGCCGGCUGUUUUCUUUUUGUGUGUUCGUCCCUCAAAGGGUGACACGCGCGUGAGUUAGCGGAUCGAGAACGAGAAGUCGGUCGGCUUCGAUGCUGCGCGCGGGAGGGAUGGAGGAGUUCAUCACCGAGGAAGAGGAGCCGUGGUACGACCAGCGGGACCUGGAGCAAGACCUGCACCUGGCAGCCGAGCUCGGCAAGACCCUCCUGGAACGCAACAAGGAGCUGGAGGACUCCCUGCAACAGAUGUACAUCGACAACGAGGAGCAAGUGCAGGAGAUUGAGUACCUGUCCAAGCAGCUGGAGCUCCUGCGGGAGAUGAACGAGCAGCACGCCAAGGUGUACGAGCAGCUGGACGUGACGGCCCGAGAGCUGGAGAUCACCAACGAGAAGCUGGUGCUGGAGAGCAAGGCCUCGCAGCAGAAGAUCGACCGGUUGACUGGCACCAUGGACACCUUGCACGCUCAGGUGGACAGCCUGACGGUGCGGGUGGAGGAGCUGCGGACUCUGGAGGAGCUGAGGGUCCGCAGAGAGAAGACGGAGCGCCGUAAGACGGUGCACUCCUUCCCCUGCAUCAAAGAGCUGUGCACGGCCCCGAGGUACGAGGACGGCUUCCUGUUGGCCAACCCGGGCAGCGUGGACCUGGCCGAGGAGCGACCGGCGGACGAGGAGAACGAGCGGCUCCGAGGCAUCGUGUCCUCGCUGCGCGCCGCCAUGGCCGCCGAGCGCUCCCAGCGGGAGGGCGCCGAGCGGGAGUGCUCCGCCGUGCUGCAGGAGUUCGAGCGCCUGGAGCAGCGGCUCCUGGGGGCCGAGGGCUGCCAGCUGCGGGUCCAAGAGCUGGAGGCCGAGCUGCAGGAGAUGCAGCAGCUGAGGAGGUCCCGCGCGUGCCUGAUGGGGGGCAUGGAGGACGGCCUGGAGACGCUGCUCGGCAACGGCCCCGAGACGGACACGCCGGAGGGGGGCCUGGGCCCGGAGGAGGGGGACGACUCCGAGCAGGGGGCCGCUGGGCAGCAGGUGAGGAAGAGCUGCAGCGACACGGCUCUGAACGCCAUCUCGGCGCGGGACGCCUCCGGCAGGCGCCAGGGCAGCUACGCCAUCCACGCCAACGGCGUGCGCAAGCGGGGCAUGUCCAUCCUGCGCGAGGUGGACGAGCAGUACCACGCGCUGCUGGAGAAGUACGAGGGGCUGCUGGGGAAGUGCCGGCGGCACGAGGAGAGCCUGUGCCACGCCGGGGUGCAGACGUCGCGGCCCGUCUCCAGGGACCCCUCCGUGAAGGACUACGGCGCGGUGUGCGCCGGGCCUUCCGGGGCCGGGGGAGCGGCGGCCUGCCCCCCCGCCUUCAGGCGCCUCCCACCCCGGAAGGCCCUGGAGGGGAUCCAGCAGGCAGUGGAGCAGGUGCACAAACGGGCUGAGCCAGACCACGCCCGGAGUCCAAGCCGCUCUUCAGGGAGAUCUUCUCCCCCCCUGCAGAAGACCAAGAGCGACUGUGAACGCCAAGAGCAAGAGGGCCCACAAGUGAGGAGAGAGGGGGGGGGGGUGAAAUUCCCUUUUUGGGGAGACUAAAGCUAAUUAGAGCAGUGUCGUGUGUGACAUAGUAUUUGUAAUUGAACUUAACUGAUGCGGAUGUGAUUUAUUGCAGUUUUAUUUAUUGACAAUUAAGCCAAAUAAUACAAUUUUAAAAAAACAGCCUUUGUUUCUUAAACUUGAAGCAUUUUUCUGACUGACAAACACUAAGUGCUACAGAAGUCUUUAGAAGACCGGCUUUAACAUUUGACCGAGUGCCAAAUUCUGUAUUUAGAAUUUGUUGGGACGGCAGAAAGCUGCCGAUGUUUACCGUCGGCUCAUCACUGAUCGGGGGGGGCAGUGUGUUCAGCAGGGUGAUUCAGGGAUUCGUUCGAUCAUUCCAGACGUGCGCUCACUUUCUUGUAAGAUGCCAUCUAUGUUUGCUGAUGAUUAAAAUGACAAACGUA